AUGGCAACUUCAGUAUAUGAAGUUGUGGUAGGUGUAGAUUUUGGUACGUGUUCGAGUACGUUUGCGUACUCUCACAAAUCGAAUAGCUUAUCAGAUAUAGUUACAAAUGAUAUAUGGCCACAACAAGGACAACGUGGCGUAUUUAAAACCAAUACUAUUUUAUUUUAUAACUCACAAACUUGGAAUGUUGUUGGUUGGGGCUCAAGUGCAAUAACGCGUCAAGAGAAAAAGAAAAAGAAAAAAACAGAUAAUAAUGGUCUACCCACUGGUGAACCUCCUACACUUUCAGUAUCUUUGUUUAAAUUAUUCCUUGGAAAUGCAAGAGAACAAGAUAAACCUAUUUUACCUCAGGGCCUAAGUUAUAGACAAUGUGUAAUUGAUUAUCUAGCAGAAAUGACCAAACUAAUUAAAACUACAAUAGCAACAAGAUGGCCAGGAAUAAAUUUUUAUAAGAACGUUUUGAUUGUUUUAACGGUUCCGGCAGAUUUUUCGGAAAGAGCAAAGGCAAUCAUGCGUGAUUGUGCAUUUAAAGCCGGAUUAUUACAGUUUGCAGAUUCUCCAAAUUUGGAAUUUACUACUGAACCCGAGGCUGCUGCUAUACAUUGCAUUACCUCACUUAGACAAUUAGGAUUAAAAUCUGGCGCUAAUUUUAUGAUAGUGGAUUGUGGAGGUGGAGCAGUCGACUUAACGAUGAGAAAAUUGACAAGCAAUAAUCAGAUUAGUGAAAUAACCGAGAGGACAGGAGAUUAUUGUGGAAGUACUUUUGUAAAUAAAGAGUUCUUAAAUUUUCUUUAUCAAAAAUAUAAUUUAUAUCAAUCAAUACAACAACUUUAUUAUAAUCAUAAUGAUCAAUUUCAAUAUUUAAUAGAAGAAUUUUGUAACAAAGUAAAAUUACCGUUUACAGGAGAUCAAUCAGAUUUUCAAAAUAUUUGUAUAGAUUUAGAAGAUACUUGUCCAGAUUUGAUGUAUUAUGUUAAUGAUGAAAUUACAAGGCAGAGGAUGGAACAAGAAGAAUGGAUAAUUGAAUUAGAUUUCUUAAGUGUUAUAAAUAUGUUUGAUCCAGUUAUACAAAGAAUUAAUUGGUUAAUCGGAAAUCAAUUAAAUUCUUUUGGAAAAAAAUGUUCUGCAAUUUUUCUUGUUGGAGGUUUUAGUGAAUCCAUUUAUCUAGUGAGACAAGUUAAACAAACGUUUAGUAAAUAUGUUCCUAUAAUCGAAGUACCAUCUCAGCCUAUAACUGCUGUAGUUAGAGGUGCUGUACAAUAUGGCUUAAAUAUGAGAACCAUACAAACGAGGGUCUUACGUUACACUUAUGGCGUACAGGUUUUAAAGAAGUGGAAAAAAGGAGACGAUCCUAGAAGAAAAACUCAUAACGGGUUAAAGUUUUGUUUUCAUGAAUUGGCAAAAAGAGGAACUGAAGUCAAAGUAAAUCAAACUUUUGGUUAUGUGGCUAAACCUUCUAGUUUAAAUCAGAUUGAUAUGACUUUUAAUAUUUAUGCUACAACAAAUUUUGAUGCUAAAUAUUGUGAUGAUCCUAAUACAAAGCAUUUGGGUACACUUAAAAUAGAUUUACCUGAUAUUCAACUUGGAAGUAAGAGAUUAGUAGAAUUCUAUCUUACCUUUGGCACAAUGGAAAUUAAAGCAACCGCAAAGAAUAAGAAUUCUGGUUUGGUUUAUCAAACAACGCUUAAUUUAGACUUCUAA